CGCAUGACCCGCGCCAGCGGGAGGGCGUGGGGAGAGAGAGGCAGGCCGGGCGCGCACGCUUCUGGGUCGCAUCGCCGCCCCCGCUGCUGCCCUGCCGGGACGGGAAGUGAACCACAGGGACCCCCAGAGCCAGCCAAGUUGCAGAGUGGGUCCCGCCCGCGCCAGCAUCCCGGCCGAAGCAUGGCGGCCGCCAAGGUGGCUUUAACCAAGAGAGCAGAUCCAGCUGAACUCAGAACAAUAUUUUUGAAGUAUGCAAGCAUUGAAAGAAAUGGUGAAUUUUUUAUGUCUCCCAAUGACUUCGUUACUCGAUAUUUGAAUAUUUUUGGAGAAAGCCAGCCUAACCCAAAGACUGUGGAACUUUUAAGUGGUGUGGUGGAUCAGACCAAAGAUGGAUUAAUAUCCUUUCAAGAAUUUGUUGCAUUUGAAUCUGUCCUGUGUGCCCCGGAUGCUUUGUUUAUGGUGGCCUUUCAGCUGUUUGACAAAGCUGGCAAAGGAGAAGUUACUUUUGAGGAUGUUAAGCAAGUUUUUGGACAGACUACAAUUCAUCAACAUAUUCCAUUUAACUGGGAUUCUGAAUUUGUACAACUACAUUUUGGGAAGGAAAGAAAAAGGCACUUGACCUAUGCAGAAUUCACUCAGUUUUUGCUGGAAAUACAGUUGGAACAUGCCAAGCAAGCCUUUGUGCAGCGGGACAGUGCCAAGACUGGAAAAGUCACAGCCAUUGACUUCCGAGACAUCAUGGUCACCAUCCGCCCCCAUGUCUUGACACCUUUUGUGGAAGAAUGUCUAGUGGCUGCCGCUGGAGGUACUACAUCCCACCAAGUCAGUUUCUCCUAUUUUAAUGGAUUUAAUUCUCUCCUCAACAACAUGGAGCUCAUUAGAAAGGUCUACAGUACUUUGGCUGGCAACAGAAAAGAUGUGGAGGUGACUAAGGAGGAGUUUGCUCUGGCAGCUCAGAAAUUUGGUCAGGUUACACCCAUGGAAGUUGACAUCUUGUUUCAAUUAGCAGAUUUAUAUGAGCCAAGGGGACGUAUGACCUUAGCAGACAUUGAGCGGAUCGCUCCUCUGGAAGAAGGAACUCUGCCCUUCAACUUGGCUGAGGCCCAGAGACAGAAAGCCUCUGGUGAUUUAGAUCGGCCGAUUCUCCUACAAGUUGCAGAGUCUGCCUACCGGUUUGGUCUGGGUUCUGUUGCUGGAGCUGUUGGAGCUACUGCUGUAUAUCCUAUCGAUCUUGUAAAAACUCGAAUGCAGAACCAACGUUCAACUGGCUCUUUUGUGGGAGAGCUCAUGUAUAAAAACAGUUUUGACUGUUUUAAGAAGGUGCUCCGUUACGAAGGCUUCUUUGGACUGUAUAGAGGUUUGCUGCCACAGUUACUGGGAGUCGCCCCAGAGAAGGCCAUAAAACUUACAGUGAAUGAUUUUGUGAGGGAUAAGUUUAUGCACAAAGAUGGUUCUGUUCCACUGGCAGCAGAAAUUCUUGCUGGAGGCUGUGCAGGAGGCUCCCAGGUGAUCUUCACAAAUCCUUUAGAAAUUGUCAAGAUCCGUUUGCAAGUGGCUGGAGAAAUCACCACCGGUCCUCGGGUCAGUGCUUUGUCUGUUGUGCGAGACCUGGGCUUUUUUGGCAUUUACAAGGGUGCCAAAGCUUGCUUUCUGCGGGACAUUCCUUUCUCGGCCAUCUACUUCCCGUGUUAUGCUCAUGUGAAGGCUUCCCUUGCAAGUGAAGACGGACACGUUAGCCCAGGAAAUCUGCUCUUAGCUGGCGCCAUCGCUGGUAUGCCUGCAGCAUCGUUAGUGACCCCUGCUGAUGUUAUCAAGACUAGAUUACAGGUGGCUGCUCGGGCUGGCCAAACCACUUACAGCGGAGUGAUAGACUGCUUCAGAAAGAUACUGCGGGAAGAGGGUCAAAAAGCUUUGUGGAAAGGAGCUGGUGCUCGUGUAUUCCGAUCCUCACCACAGUUCGGUGUCACUUUGCUGACUUACGAACUGCUACAGCAAUGGUUCUACAUUGAUUUUGGAGGAGUAAAACCCAUGGGAUCCGAGCCAGUUCCAAAAUCCAGGAUCACACUGCCUGCCCCAAAUCCUGAUCACGUUGGGGGAUACAAACUGGCAAUUGCAACAUUCGCAGGAAUUGAAAACAAGUUUGGACUUUACCUACCUCUUUUCAAGCCAUCAGCGUCUACCUCAAAAGUGACCAGUGGAGACCCCUAGGCCAACUGACCUAGGAUGCAGCCUCCGGUAGCACUGGUACUGCAGUAAGAAGGACCCGAUUUGUAUUGAAGCAUGGCUUCACACUUUUCCUUUCUGUUUCCUGUUAAAAUUCAGGUCAAAGCUUUUUAUAAACCGAAAUCAUUUAUUCCCUAUGUUUUCUUAACCAGAUCAUUAUGGAGUUAUUCCUAAUUAUUCUUUGGACCUCUUCCCAAGAGUCUAUGUUUGUAUGUGACAUGUGCUGGGAGAUUUGGUCAACACUAACAUAAUUUUGGGGAAGGGACAAGUCUCAUUAGAAAUUGGGGCUCCCCUUCUUAGACUAGGGUUAUAGUUCCAAAGAGGCUACUGGAGGGCAAUCAUGUUUCUGGGAGCUGAGUGUUCUG